UAAAAGAAAAGAAAAGAAAAGAAAUCUCUCCUCAGUUCUCUGUGCACUCGCUGCACGUUUCUGUUCAUCUUUGCAGUGCGUGUCCGAGUCUCAACACUUCUUGCGGAGCAUCAGUUCUUUGUCUUUAAACUCCUCUUCUUUUUCGUCUGCUAUUUCCUAUGCAUUUCUUCUUGUUGAGUACAAAGCCACGACUUUCUUAACUCUUUAUCUUGUUUUCGCCUUUUGAUUCUCUGGGUCACUCUUGUUUUGGGUUGUUCCAAAUUUUUUAAGUUUUCUUUGUUACUGAAUCGUUAAUGGAGGUAAAGGGUCACCUAAUCCAAUAAUAGCUUCUUUAAAUUCUCACAUUUCUUCCAAGCUUUGUUCAAACCGAACUCAAAGCUUGAAACUUUGAGCCUGUUGAGUAUUUGAUCCUCAAAACCUUUAUAAGUUUUAAGUCUGUUUGAUUACAAAGCCUUAACUCCAAGUUUUAGCUUCCUUUCAAAAUGUCAUCUUUAGAGAUGUCCCAAAUUGAUUUAGAGCAAGGGACUCACAGCCGGAACGGGAGUGACGUCAGCGCCGGGGACGCUAGCGUCUGCUUCUCCGACGCCGACGAGGGUUCUUGCUACUCUCAGUUUUAUUCCACUACAGGUGGUUCUUACGAUGAGUACAGCUUCGCUUGCGCUUCUGAUGGAGAGAUUGGCGACGUAUCGGAUUCCAGGAGGGUGUCUUCAGUCUCGGAUUGUUCUGUGGAGGUAGAGAUUCCGAGGGGAGUUCCUGAAAUCAAGGUGCAUUUGGCGAAAGUCGAGAAAGAUUGUCGAAUUUGCCACUUGGGUUUGGAAAGCAACAGCCAUGAAUCUGGUGUUCCUAUUGAAUUGGGUUGUUCUUGUAAGGAUGAUCUGGCUGCUGCUCAUAAACAGUGUGCCGAGGCAUGGUUUAAGAUCAGAGGAAAUAAGACCUGUGAGAUUUGUCAUUCUAUUGCACGCAAUGUUGUUGGCGUGACUGAGAUUGAGUCGACAGAGCAAUCAAAUGAGGCCAACAGUUCCACGACAACAGCUGCAGUCUCAGGAGCGGCACCUCAUUCAGACUCUCGAAGCUUCUGGCAUGGCCAUCGCUUCCUCAACUUUCUCCUUGCUUGCAUGGUAUUUGCAUUUGUCAUAUCAUGGCUCUUUCACUUCAAUGUGCCAUCAUCGUAAAAUCCUGUAGCACAGUUCUUGAACAAAAUUGAAAGAAUGAAAAUAAAGAAACUGAAUUACUGUAAAGGAGCCUGGAGAAUUUGUUGCUAUGACGAUGAGUAAUUGGAUAGUCGAGGGUCUUGUGAUGGUCAAUAGGUAUUUUACACACGCCCGCUUCUUCUCCAUUCAUGUAGAGAAAGUUUGUUAUAUCCAAUAUAUGCACAUUCAUCAUAAUUAUCAAAACUGUGUCUUGCUUUUGUACUCAUAAAGUAGGGAAUCACUAUAUCUGGCUUUAGAAGAGUUUUCGAUGGUUGGUCUGUGUAAUUGUUUCCAUGCAUGUUGUCCA